AUGACGUUGACGUUUUCGUCGAAGAAACGUCGAUAUUCCGUCUAUGAUGUCUUGGUGGAUACUUCUGUGGAUAGUCAACUAUAUGCUGAGAGAAAUAAUAACAAUAAUAAAUAUAUAGAAUCGUUUUUGUAUGACUCGGAAGAAAUCUAUUAUCGAACACCAAUGACGAUUAUCGAUGUUGGAAAUGAAAUCUACGAUAGACCGAUGAGCGUCAUGAAAAUUAACCGAGAAAAUCGCAUCUCCAGUCAUUUGACAACGGAGGAGCGGCGAAGUAUACUGACGUAUCUGGAGCCAUCGGCAAAGGUGGCGCUGUGUACAGGAGUUUGCCAAUUGUUACAAGCCGAGGGGAAUACCUGGAGCGAUACGAAAGUCGGUGUGAUUUGCUUUAUUCGAGAUCGCCACGUAAAGGAGUAUGUUUUGGCACUUCUUCUGCCGAAACCGGACGGGCGAUACCCAGCAAAAGUAUUAUGGACGAUGAAUGUCUCAGCAUUUUUCGAAACCGAGAAGACCACGGACGAACAUCUGCUCACCUUCGUCAUGGAAACGUUUCCGCGUGACGUGUGCGGUCUGAACUUCUACGAUCCUGACGAGGCGGACGAGUUUCAUCGGAUCCUCGUCAGCGAGAAUCGAAGUCGAAUCUCAAGAAGAGCCAGUCAGCCGAAACGACAAGCUCCACCUCCGCCAUCAGUUGCUGGUGGUGUCGAAGCGAUUGAUAGGCUCACCGAGCUUGCUAUGCCGGCGUUAACGACGGAAGAUCCGAAAGAAAAGCGAAGGAGCUUCCUCGGCGGAAUUUUCACGAUCAAACGUAAGAAGAAAAAAGUGGAAAGAGAGCGCAAGCGCCUCGACAUCAGUGCCCCUUCAGAUUUCCAGCACGUUGAACAUCUAGGCAUAGAAUCGCUAUCCCUCGAAGAUCAAGAAACCUUCCACACCUUGAUCAAGGCCGUAGAUUUAGAACCCGGUAACGAAGAACAAAUCAAAUUGAUCCGAGACAUUGUGGCGACUAGAGGUAGCGAAGUACGAAGCUCUCUGCGGAUAAAGCGGAACACAGUCGGACCAGGCGAAGGUUUCGUGCGCAACCCGCAUAACUCGUUGGCUGAUACGAGGAACAGCAUGAUGGUGGCACACAAGCAACAGCGACGAACACCAAGGGAGGUCAAGAAGGUAUCGCUUCACAAGCGUGCUGAUAUGGAAACAACUCAUGGUUCUCACUCGCUCUCUUUACCGAAGGAACACCGUCUGGACGAGUUCUUAAAUCAAGAGUGGGAAGCGACACCUUCAGUCGAGAAUGAAUACCAGAAACUCCCUGCUGUUGUUGUGAGGAAGGAUGACGGAAGGAUAAAAAAUGAAGGAAGAUUGAACGAUUUGGCCCGGACCUCGUAUUAUGGAAGAUCAUCAUUUGUCGCUGUGGAAGAGGAGGAAGAAAUUCCACCACCAUUACCUUCACGAUUCGAGUCGAUGUCAUAUAGAUCUCCAGUAGGUAGACGAAAGACACCUCCACUAUUACCAGUAUAUCCCACUAUGCACACAUCUCAUUUGGAUAGACCACGACUGUCUGACAAUAGAAAAUCUGACCUGAACCAUCCAACAUGGAGAAUCGAAAUUCCUCUACCGAAUGGUGCUCAAGCUCCAACUCAGUCGCCUCCACCCACACCACCGUCUAGCCAAUCGUCUCCUGUGCCCCAUCAUGCCACCAAACUCGACCCACUGACCGUAACGGGCCCGACGACGUUAAUUCUGCCGCCGGGACCUCCACCACCGCCACCUGGCUUACUGUCACCAGCUCCCACUCCACCGCCAUCCGAGGUGAAGCAACGCAUAUCGGAAGUGUCCCCAACAAUUGACGACAAUAGAAGAAGUUUCUUAGAGGAAAUCCAAAGAGUUGACAAAGCAAAGCUACGACAUGUUAACUUAUCGUCUAGAACAUUGACUAAUGGUGAUUCCAUGCCGGGUGAUGGUGGCCUCUUAUCAGCAAUACAAGCAGAGCUUGAUAAACGUAGAGAAUAUAUUGCAUUCGAUAGUGAAAAUGAAUCCGAUUCGACUGACAGCGAUUGGACAGAUUAACUAACCUAUGGUGAAUUAUACAUGUACAGAAAUCAUGUCUGAUGAUUUAAUGAAUUGUCUUGCUCAAAAC